UCACCUUCAACCACAGUCCCUCCUAAUGGCUGCGGCCCUUCCGUCCUGCCACUCUACUACAAACUGUGUGACCUACAUGCUAUGUGGGGUGUGGUGGUGGAAUCGCUGGCUGCAGCUGGUGUGGUCACCUCUUUUGUUUUGCUGGUGGUUCUGUUGGCCAGCCUGCCCUUUGUGACGGACCAGAAGAGGAGGAGCUCGAUGGGGUUACAGACUGGCUUCUUGGUGUGCACCAUGGGCCUCUUCAGUCUGACCUUUGCCUUCAUUGUGGGGCAAAGCUUUGCCAACUGUGUGGCCCGCCGCUUCCUGUUUGGUGUCCUGUUUGCUGGCUGCUUUGCCUGCCUGCUGAUACAGGGUGUGCGGCUCAAUGUGGUAGCACACCGCGAUCGUGGUCCCCAGGGCUGGAUGCUCUGUCUGGGGGCAUUGGGGCUCUGGCUAGUGGAGGUGAUAGUCAACAUCGAAUGGAUAGUCAUCACCGGUGAAGCCGUACACUGCUCAACAUCACAGCAGGACUUUGCCAUGGCACUUAUCUACGUCAUGCUCCUUCUCCUCGGCACCAUGCCAGUUGCUGUGUUGACCCUAAUGGGCAAGCAACACUGGCGUAGGGAGGGAGCAUUCCUCCUAGCUACUGCCUCAGUCUCCUUCGCUAUCUGGGUAGUGUGGCUCACCAUGUACCUCUAUGUGAACAAGUCCAUUGGUAAUUCCAGCUGGGAUGACCCUACUCUAGCCAUUACCCUUGUCACCAAUGGUUGGGUAUUCCUCAUCCUCAGCUCCACUCCACAGAUCUGCAUGCUCACCGAGAAUAGCGAGAUGAACUUUGACUAUGAGGAGGCCAGCUAUGAGAAUGUCUUGAAGCAGCAUCAAGUGUCUAAAAAUAUUUAUGUGGAGAACAAGGCCUUCACCAUGGAGGAGCCAAACCCAGAAGUCACACUGGAAAACAAUGACUUCAAAGCACUGACGGCAUCCCCCUACAGCAGCUACACCGGGCAACUGCGAGGUUGUGUGUACCAGCCCACUGAGCUGGCCUUGAUCUCCAAAGGCUUAUCCACUAAACAGAAGGAAUGGUCGUAUGAGACAUCGAUGACACGGAUCACCCCCACUCCUCACUCAAGGAGCUGCAGUCCAACUACCGCAUGCUCGGAUCACACCCUUUCCACAAUUGGGCCUUCACAUAGCAGCACUGUAGGUUGA